AUGCUAUCACCUGGAUACCCGGAUGAGGGCGAAGAGGACGAUGAUGUCGAACUCAACACAUUUAGAAGGAAUAACAAUAACAACAACUUCAAUCACAACCAACAAUAUAACUAUAACAACACUGUAAAGAACAACAACAAUGGCAGUGGCAAUAUCACUGGCAAUGGCACUGGCAAUGGGAGUGGCAAUGGGAGUGGCAAUGGCAAUGGCUAUGGCAAUAGUGGAGUAAUACUUGGUAAUAAUAAUAAUAAUAAUACAUCACGCAAUAAUAGUGGCGAACUUAGUGACAGGAGUGAUAGAAGUCCUCUACUGCGGAGAUCUGGAUCAACUUCAUCUUCAGGAGAGUUUGGUCCAACUAGAUUCGGUUACAAUGCUCACUACGCCACCUUUAUCGCAGCCCAACAACAACAACAACAACAAUAUAUGUAUGGUAGUGACACUAGACAACUGACAAUGUUUGAGAAGGUGUCGUAUGGAGUGGGCGAGGGUGGCCUGGCCAUCUAUCAGGUGAUCAAAGGCUUCUUCCUCAAUGAGUUCCUGCUCAAUGUGGCCAAAGUCAAUCCAAUGUACACAGCACUGCUCCUAUUCUCGGCCAAGGCGGUCGACGCCUUCUCCGACCUCUUUGUCGGAUCGCUCAGCGACAAGACCGUGUCGCGAUGGGGACGUCGUCGCGUCUGGAUCCUCUUUGGUGCGCUGCCACUGGCCAUCUUCUAUACUGCACUCUGGUACGUGCCACCAGUGUCCCAGAUCAACAAAGUGCUCUACUACCAGUUUGUCGUCAUCCUACUAAGCAUAGCAUACUCAUGCGUGACCAUACCAUACUCUGCGAUGAAUGCCGAGAUCACUGAAGACUAUGACGAAAGGACAUCAUUGGCAGGAAUGCGAAUGAUAUCCAUGAUGAUUGGAGGCAUACUGUCAUCGUUCAUUCACUCGUUAUUGACAUCAGUGUUCACGACGACAAUCGAUGGAGUAAAGGUCACAAACUAUGAGAAAGGAUAUCUACUCAGUGGUGGAGUAUGGGGAUUCAUAAUGAUGAUACCUCUGGCCAUCACAUUCUUUGGUACACGCAACAUCCCCACAGCCACGCUCAAGGAGUCACGUGUACCCUUCUUCAAAGGCCUCAUGCUCAUGCUAAACAAUCGUGCCUUCAUCACAGUCACGCUACUAUACUUCUUUUGCCAGAUCGCAGUACAGUUUGUACAGAAUAACUUAUUGUUGUACUGCAUCUACGUGGCCGACUGCGAGGAGGACUUCCCUUAUAUCUUGGCCACACUGCAGAUAUCGGUGUCACUGUUCAUCAUUGUUUGGGGCAAGAUAUCAGUGAUAAUUGGCAAGAAGUCGGUGUACUACCUCGGCUCGAUAUUCCUGCUCAUCACCUUUGGCAGUCUCUACUUUGUGCCCGCUGGCAACCGAGCCAUGCUAUGGGGCAUCGCUGCAUUUGGUGGCAUUGGCGUGUCGGUGGCCUUUCUCAUCCCCAUGUCGAUGUUGCCCGAUGUCAUUGAGUUGGACGAGCUGCAGACUGGAGACAGACGAGAGGGCAUAUUCUACUCGCUCUUCCUCUUCUUCCAGAAGCUUGGCCUGUCGAUUGGCCUGGCCGUGUCCAACUUUGUGUUGGAGGCGGCACACUACCAGGCGCCAGUGGGUGUCGCCGGUGACAGUGCCGAGAUCAUCGACAACAACAAGGAGAAUCCACAAGUUGUCCUGGCACUGCGCAUACUCGUCAGUGUUGUGCCAUCAGUCAUCAUUCUCUUCAGUCUGGUUGCAGUCUUCUUCUAUCCCAUCACCAAGGCAUUGCACAACGAAGCCCGCGAAAUCCUGAAACGCAAGCGAGAAGGUGCAACAGUCAUUGUGGAGUCAUAA